AUGCCAGCAGAUGAGCUGCGCCGGCUGUCUAUAUUAAAAUGUCUCGGCUCGCAGUCGAAGUCGGGCUUCAUCUCACGUCCUCUUCGUGCCUGGUGGCUCGGUGAUCUGGAAAUGGAACUCACGCAAAAUGAAGACCCGUUCGGCCCUGCAUCGCCACCGGACAAUGUGAAUAAUGUGACUUCUCCGUCGACAAGUGGCAGGAGGCUCAGGCGUUCGGCACGUGUCUCGUCUCCGCUCCGUGAAGUUUGGGUAGGCAUCGACUUUGGGACGAGCUCCAUCAGGGCCGCCUUCACGGAAAGUGGCCGGCCACCUGAGCAGAUUCCCAUGGGCGCAACCGACGACGUAAGCGGAGGUCAGGUGACGUCUUACCGACUCCCAACUGCCGGCAAGGCCACGGAUUUCGACAAUGUAGCUUCCGGUGUGAAGCAGUCACUGGAUGCCAACCUGUGCCGACACGGAGGGCAGGGUGAGCGAUUCGUGGCACUUUGCAAGAAACACAAGGUGGACAAGGCGGCGGUUAUUUGUGCGCUCUUCAAGGGAGCGCUGAACAACACCAGCAGAUGCCUCCACUCAAAAGGUCGCCGCACCAUGGCGAGGGUAAACAUAACGGUGCCCGCCAUGUGGACCGUGGACGAGCAUGGCCAAGACAUUCAAAACGAGAUCGAGAGGAUUGCAGUACGCGCCGGCUUCCCAGAAGACAAGAUUUACUUUGAUACGGAGCCAGGGAGCGCCAUGGCAUAUGUCAAGAUCAGGUCGCUCAUUCAUAAUGCUGCCUCUGUCAAGAACACGCAAGCAUCACUGCCUAGGUGGCAACUUGCCACUGGCAAGUGGCAAGUGGCAACAGGAAGUCGUAAUACUGCUGCCUACGCAGCAGUAUCCCAAUAA